AUCAGACGCCUGCAUAUAAGAUUAUAAGAACUUAUCACUUGCCUCGUGGCCGACAGCGAGAGCCAAGCCCAGAUGGCGCUGGACUCUGAGGCCGUGUUUAGGGUCCCGACCAUCAUUCCGGAGGACGUCAACCAUGCGUCCUAUUACAACGACAGCGACGGACUGCAGGUUCCUGACGAUAUCCUGACUCCACUGCCCAGUGCUGAGGCGAAAGCGAGGAUAAGUCAGCACGUUGCAGACUUCAUGACAGCUACUCUGGGGAAGCCUUCAGCAGCCGUGGACGAUGCUCGCUCCCGCCUCCUGGAAGCUUAUGAUGAUACUAACGCUAAGAUGAAGCCGAUCCAAGACCUGAGGGCCGUGACGGAGGAAAUGUCGCGUUCUCCCUGGUCGGAAAUGUCUCAGAAGAUCCUCGCCAACACCGCGACGCAGGACGACUGGCGAUAUAUGAACGUGAGUGACCACCUUCACGACAACACCUCCUUCGUGAGCGAGAACCCUCACAUGACCUUGCAGUUGCAGACCCUCAACAUUGCAACACAAUCCCACGUGACCCGGCCCGCCGACCCGUAUUAUUACGAACCUCAAACCGCUUUUGAAAUCGCAGCCAAGAUGACGAGCCAAGAAGCAAUCAAGGAGGAACUGGGGCCUUUGGGAGUGUUGUUCAAUAAGCCCGUCACCUGCAAGGAACUUAAUAUGGCCGCGUUCGAAAGGGCUUUCAACUCGCCAGUAGACGUCGUUCGGGAUCGCUUCAUCGAACGCGGGAGGAACGUAACUUUCUUCGAAGAUGUAGUCGACGAUUUCGCGACGUCUUGGCUCGCUUCUUCGCACAGCCUAGUCUAUACUGAUGCAGGCCUGGAAGUGACAGCACGACGCUUCCACACAGACAGCAGCAACCCCGACUUGCGAGGCUUGACGCGGUGCAAGCUUGUUCCCCCUGAGCGGCUCCUCGAAUACAUCAUGGUCGACGGUCUGAAGGGAACCAAACCUUAAGAGAACGAGGUCUGACCCGGCUUAUGCCAUGAGUGAUACAUCAACUCUCAAGUAAAUAAAGAGAUCAAAUAGAAGAGAUGAAAUAAGGAAGAUGACGCUAGGAGAGCCAAGGGAUAAAGAUAAAAGAU